AUGGAUGGUAGAGAGAAUAAUAAGGAAAUGAGUAACAACAAAUUGGUGGCUGUAGCUGUAGACAAAGAUAAUAAAGGGUGCCAGAUUGCCCUAAAAUGGGCCAUAGAUAAUAUCCUUAUCAAGGGCCAAACACUCGUCUUGAUUCAUGUCAAUUCCUCCAAAUCACAAGGUCACACACAUUUCAAAUUACCUUUUAUUAAAAAUCAUUCAUUCAAUUCAAUUCUAUUCUAUUCUAUUGCAACAGGAGGAGUACAACCAAACAAUCAUGCUUCUUCUGAUCAAGAACAUUAUGUCAAAGAAUUCUUCCUUCCAUUCCGCUGUUUCUGCACCAGAAAAGAGAUCAAAUGCUUCGAAGUUAUGCUUCAUGAUACCGAUGUAACCAAAGCAUUAGUAGAAUAUGUUGCUCAAUCCGCCAUUGAUGUUCUUGUCAUGGGUGCUACAUCCAAAGGCGGCAUUCUCAGGUUCAAGUCCACUGAUGUUCCAAGUAGUGUAUCUAAGAAUUGCCCAGAUUUCUGCACCGCAUAUGUCAUCUCAAAAGGGAAGAUUUCAUCCACUCGGGCAGCCUCUCGAACCGCCCCUCAAGUCUCCCAACUUCGCAGUCAAAUCCUCAAUCAAUCCUCCGAACAAUCCAAUUCUUCCGCCAGCUUAAGUUCUUCGAGAUCACAUUCUCAGACUCUGGCAAAUAAUAUGAUAAUUGAUGGACCCAUAAAGUCGAUCUUCACCCAUCGGAAGGAUGCAAAUUCGAGGUCAUAUGGAGGAGGAGGAGAGUUCUCUGAUUUCGGAACAUCGAUGACAUCCAGCUCCAGCCGAUCAAAUACAGAGAUCUCUUUUGUUUCCGGACGUGAUAGCUUUGAAAGCAAUAGGAUGCCUACUACAUCUUUCAUUUCAAACAUGUCAGAUGACGAUGCAAGAGAAAGCUUUGAAUCUUUCAAUCAUGGACGGAAAUCAACUGAAUCCAUGACGCAUAAACACACUCAAUCCUUCGAUGAUAGUGAGAGCGACGUAUCACCUUCAUCAUCGCAAGAAGUUGACGAUGUUGAUAUUGAAAUGAGAAGGUUGAAACAACAACUGAAGCAAACCAUGGAGAUGUACAGUUCGGCAUGCAAAGAAGCACUGACGGCUAAACAGAAGACGAAGGAGCUUCAACGUUGGAAAACUGACGAGCAACAAAAGAUGGUAGAGAUGAGAUCAGCCGAGGAUGCCGCAUUGGCGAUGGUCGAAAGGGAAAAGGAGAAAUCUAAAGCCGCCAUUGAACAUGCCGAAGCAGCUCAGAGGAUCGCGGAAAUCGAAGCGCAUAAGAGAAUAAACGCUGAAAUGAAACUGCUUAAAGAAGCUGAGGAGAAGAACAAAAUGAUUAGCAGAUUGAAUCAGACAGACAUACGUUAUAGGAAAUACUCGAUCGAGGAUAUAGAGAAAUCUUCAAAUUUCUUCUCCGAUUCAUUGAAGAUCGGCGAAGGCGGUUAUGGUCCUGUAUAUAAGUGCAUGCUCGAUCACACGCCUACAGCGGUUAAAGUCCUUCGUCCUGAUGCAGCUCAAGGAAGAUCACAAUUUCAGCGCGAGAUUGAAGUGCUAAGCUGCAUAAGGCAUCCGCAUAUGGUUCUCCUCUUAGGAGCUUGUCCAGAAUACGGUUGUCUAGUUUACGAAUACAUGUCAAACGGAAGCUUAGAAGACAUUCUCUUUCGCAAACGAAACAAUCCACCUCUAACAUGGCAACAGAGAUUCAGAAUCGCAGCUGAAAUCGGAUCAGCCCUGCUGUUUCUCCACCAAGCAAAACCCGAACCGAUAGUUCAUCGCGAUCUAAAGCCAGGAAACAUCUUGCUGGAUCAGAACUACGUAAGCAAGAUCAGUGACGUAGGGUUAGCUAGGCUAGUCCCACCGUCAAUGGCAGAUAAUGUGACUCAAUACAGAAUGACAUCAACAGCUGGAACGUUUUGCUAUAUAGAUCCGGAGUAUCAACAAACAGGAAUGCUUGGAGUAAAAUCAGAUAUUUACUCGUUAGGGAUAAUGUUUCUACAGAUAAUUACAGCGAAAGCUCCGAUGGGACUUACUCAUCAAGUUGAAAGAGCCAUUGAGAAAGGGACUUUUGAACAGAUAUUGGAUCCGGAGGUGACGAAUUGGCCGGUUGAGGAGGCGCUGUUGUUUGCGAAGAUUUCACUACAGUGUGCAGAGUUGAGACGGAAAGAUAGGCCCGAUCUAAGCAAGGUUGUGAUGCCGGAGCUUGAAAGAUUGAGAGAUCUCAAAGAUAAUUCCGACGAGGACGCCGUGCCGUCGGUGUAUUCAGGAUUUAGUAGACGCAAGGAAGAAGACAGCAUGGGAUCUGCAGAUAACAGUCAAGUUUCUAUACCCAAUGAUGAAAUAAUGAGCCCAUUUAUGCGAUCUGGGUAUGACAGCUCGCAAUACAGCUCUAGCACAACGUAA